AUGAGUUUAUGGACCUCUGAGCACGCCAAGGUUAUCCUCGUCAGCGUAGCAGACUCCCAGUGCGAAGCCUUCUUUCCUGAGCUCGCAUCCUUCCUCUCCAAGCCACGCACGCGCCUGUUUGCCCUCGAACUGCUGACAGUGGUGGCUAAGAACCAAGGACCGAACAUCCACCGAGUGGCUGAGUUGGGUGUGCUGGAUGCCCUGCUGCAGUGUCUAAAGCGAGACAAGGACGUGAUUGUGAUUACGCAUGCGGUGGUGGUGUUGACCAUGCUCAUCCCGAAUAUCUGCUCGUUUCUAUCGG